AUGCCGCACCUCGUUUCCUUUCCAAGAAUCGAGAUACCUGAGGUUGACCUCUUCACGUUUCUCUUCGAGCGGAAGGACAGACAGUUCCCCGACUCAAAAGAGCUAUUCACCGAUGGGAAUACUGGUCGGACCUAUACCUUCGCUCAAGCGAAAGCCUCUGCGCUCGAAUUUGGAAAGGGCCUUAAGUCAGAAUGGAAUUGGCAACGGGGAGAUGUCCUCGCCUUUUACACUCCGAACAACAUCGACACCACCGUUGCGACUUUCGGCCUGCUCUGGGCUGGCGGCAUAGCUAGUCCCGUCAAUCCUCUCUACACUGUAGAAGAGCUGACCUUCCAAUUAACCAACUCCAAGGCGAAGGCCAUUAUCACACAGAAGCCUUUCCUCAAGGUCGUGCGCGAGGCCGCGAAGAAAGCCGGCAUACCGGAGAAGCGGAUCAUCCUCCUUGGCGAUGAGCAUGAUGAGUCUGGUAAAUUCAAGCAUUUCACGAGCGUCAAGAGCACCGCAUAUUGCGGGCAGUACGCACCGACGAAAGUCAAUCCGCGCAAGGAUCUGGCAUUUUUGGUGUAUAGCUCCGGAACGACCGGCAUGCCAAAGGGCGUCUGUCUCUCACACUACAAUGUGAUAUCCAAUCUCAAGCAGUUGUACGAGGUUGAGGGCCGUAGCUUCUCAUCAUCGGGCGGUUGGGAUGGAAAGGGUGACAAGCAACUUGGUUUUCUGCCAUUCUUCCAUAUUUACGGUCUCACCGUUUGUAUCUUCCAAUGUGCCUUCAAUGGUUGGCAACUAAUUGUCAUGCCUCGAUUCGACAUCGACAAGGCGUGCCAACUAAUUCAAGACUACAAAAUCACAUAUGCAUAUGUCCCACCGCCAGUUGUCCUCGCUCUGGGGAAGCAUCCCGCAGUGAGCAAGUACGACCUCACAUCGAUCAAACUACUGAAUUCAGGAGCUGCACCGUUGACUCACGAGUUGACCGAAGCUGUAUGGAACCGGCUCAAGAUUCCGGUCAAGCAGGGCUAUGGAUUGUCUGAGACAUCCCCAGUCACUCACACUCAGCUACCUGACGAAUGGGCGAAGUUCGCUGGUAGUGUAGGCAAGCUGGUGUCGAAUAUGGAGGCGAAGAUUGUGGAUGAGAAUGGAAAGGAGGUUCGAGAGGGAGAGGCAAGUAUCCUAUCUAGCCGAAAGGCAAUUCCUAUUGGAUUUGGAUUUGUAACUAAUUUAAUUCAGGAGGGCGAACUUUGGGUGAAAGGACCGAAUGUCUUCUUAGGCUAUCUGGACCUGCCUGAUAAGACAAAAGACACAUUUUCCGAGGACGGCUACUUCAAGACGGGCGACAUCUUCAAGAGGGAUAAGUAUGGGAAUUACUACUGCGUGGACCGGCUGAAGGAGUUGAUCAAAUACAAGGGUUUCCAAGUUGCUCCCGCCGAGCUUGAGGGCAUCCUAGUUUCGCACGAGGACAUCGCCGACGCAUGCGUCAUCGGCGUCGAAAAUCAUGCGGAAGCUACUGAGGUCCCCCGCGCCUACAUCGUUCUAAGUCCUGGACAGGAGCGCACAGAGGCAAAGGCAAAAGAGAUUGCCGAGUGGCUAGCAAAGCAAGUCGCGCCGUACAAGAAGCUUCGCGGCGGUAUCAAAUUUAUAGAUGAAGUCCCGAAGUCGGCUGCCGGAAAGAUCCUAAGAAGGGUUCUUAGAGACCAGGCAAAGCAAGAAGAGCGUAAAGAGGGGGCAAAGCUGUAA